UCGACAAAGCGAUCGGAGAAAGCGACGAUAAAAGGUUGAAGACAAAGUAUAACAACGCCAUCUAUGUCAUUAAAAGAGCUAUGUCUCUUUACUCGUGAGUUCUUGUUUUCUUUGAUACAGUUCAUAAGCAUAGAUUCUCGAUCUCUCUAAUCCUGUUCUUUGAAUUUCGUCACCGUUAGAUUGGUUGCUGGAAAAAAAAUCGAUGAAACAAAGUCUGCAAAUUUUAUUUGCACGCGGUUUCUAUCUGAGACGGCAGUCUUGGAAUUUUCGGAUUUCGAAUGUUUACGAGUUUUGCUGGAUUUAAUUUAAUGAAUUGGAUUUUAAAUAAUCGUAGGUGAAUUGAAUUACUUCAGGACAUCAAACAGGGCAUUUUGUUAAUCAGCAGUAAUAUAUAUGCGUUUGGAUGCCGAUUCCUUCUUCAAAGAGAAGCUUUCUGUAUGGCAUUUUAAUAUCCCUUUCAGUGAUUUGCUUUUACUCACUUGUAUGGCUUUGUCGUGUCCUUGGCUUAGUUAACAUUGUUGAAUUCUUGUAUCUGUAAGUUUUCCUGUUUAAAGAACACCAGAGAUCCGUUCUGUCAUGUGGCAGUUGCAGAGUUUAUGAUGGAAGUUUAGUAGAGAUUCCUGAACACAAUGUUGAUUCACUUUGUUGUCCCCGUUUAGAAUUGGACUUGCUAUAUAACGCACUGAAUUAGUAUUUAAAAAUUUCACAUCCAUAUGAAAGUUUUUGCCUUGUCCCGUGACAAAUGUCUACACUGUCACUGAAAUGCUAUUUGCCGUGCUGACUCUCGAAAGCAUCAAACUUGUUCAUCUUUUGCAGGAUUGAAGAGGUUGCCUUUAGUUUCAAUGGCGGGAAGGACUCAACUGGCUGGCUAUUUCUUGCAUAAGAAAGAGCAAAGUUGUUCUAAUGGAGGUCUCUCACUUUUCCCAGUCCGGACCAUAUACUUUGAGAGUCCGUCUGCAUUUCCUGAAAUCAAUGGAUUCACUUAUGAUACAGCUGAAACUUACAAUCUGCAACUGGAUAUUAUUCGUCAAGAUUUCAAAUCAGGGUUGGAGGCAUUGCUAAAGGCUAACCCUAUCAGAGCUAUUUUUCUCGGUGUCCGAAUUGGUGAUCCUACUGCGGUUGGCCAGGAGCAGUUCUCUCCCAGUUCCCCUGGAUGGCCUCCUUUCAUGAGGGUGAAUCCUAUCUUGGAUUGGUCAUAUAGGGACGUCUGGUCAUUUAUCUUAACUUGCAAGGUCAAGUACUGCAGCCUUUAUGACCAGGGAUACACAUCAAUUGGGAGCAUUCAUGACACUGUUCCUAACGCGUUAUUGCGUGUUGAUGACUCAAACAUUAAAGAGCGGUUUAAACCCGCUUAUUUGCUGUCAGACGGGAGGUUAGAGAGGGCAGGGAGAAUCAAGAAAGUCUCUUCGGGUCGUGAGAAAUUUCCUUCAAUUGGCAAUGAAUCACGUAAACAUGAGUUGCUUUCAGCCACGGUUAUUGCUGUUGGUGACGAGAUUCUGUUUGGCACUGUCGAGGAUCAGUUGGGACAAUCUUUGUGUAAGAAACUAAGUUCCGUUGGUUGGACGGUGCAACAAACUGCUGUUCUUCGGAAUGAUAUAGACUCUGUAGCAGAGGAAGUUGAACGCCAGACAUGUACAAAUGAUAUGGUAUUUAUAUAUGGAGGAGUUGGUCCACUUUCUUCAGAUGUCACUUUGGCUGGUGUCGCUAAGGCAUUUGGGGUUCACCUGGCACCUGAUGAAGAGUUUGAGGAAUAUCUUAGGCAUCUUAUCGGCCAAGGUGACAGAAAUGAGAUGGCUCAGUUGCCUGAAGGAAUCACUGAACUGUUGCAUCAUGAGAAGCUUCCGAUCCCGUUGAUCAAAUGUUGCAACGUGAUCGUUCUUACCGCUACAAAUACUAGCGAGCUGGACCAAGAAUGGGAAUGUCUCACCGAACUAACCAAACUGGGCAGUGUUCUGGCGGUUACCCAACCGUACACAUCUAGGCGCUUAACGACAAGUUUGACUGAUGUUGAAGUUGCAGAGCCUCUCUCUAAGCUUUGUCUUGACUACCCGGACAUCUAUAUCGGUUGUUAUCGCAAAUCCAGGCAAGGGCCUAUAGUUAUAUGCUUCAAGGGCAAGGAUAAAGCACGGAUUGAUUCUGCGGUAGAAGCAUUACACAAUAAAUUCAAGCAGGAGGGUGUGUUUGAUGAAACCGAAUAGAGAAAAGAGUAUUUGGGUAUGAUUCGGUAUUUCAUGCCCACGAGGCUUCAAUGGCAAAACAAGUUUUGUCAGCAUGACAAGGGGCAAAAGCCCUUUACAUUGGUAGAAACUGAAACAAGUUUUGUCACAGAACUUGAUUUAUCUCUGGGAAUAAGAGUAUUUACAGCCUUUCUCUUUGUCAA